CCUCCUCCCUCCGCCGCACGAUGGGGUCCAUCCUGAGCCGCAGGAUGGCCGGGGUGGAGGACAUCGACAUCCAGGCCAACUCGGCCUACCGCUACCCGCCCAAGUCCGGAAACUACUUUGCAACACAUUUUUUCAUGGGAGGUGAGAAGUUUGAUACGCCACAUCCUGAGGGUUACCUGUUUGGAGAGAACAUGGACCUGAACUUCCUGGGCAACCGACCAGUGCAGUUUCCUUAUGUCACUCCCGCCCCUCACGAGCCUGUGAAAACACUGAGAAGUUUGGUGAAUAUCCGCAAAGACUCCCUCCGGCUGGUGAGGUACAAAGAUGACGCUGACAGCCCCACCGAGGAGAACGGCAAGCCCAGAGUCAUGUACAGUUUGGAAUUUACUUUCGAUGCCGAUGCCCGGGUGGCUAUCACCAUCUACUGCCAGGCGAUGGAGGAGUUCAUGAGUGGGAUGGCAGUAUACAGCACAAAGAACCCUUCUCUGCAGUCGGAGACGGUGCAUUAUAAGAGAGGCGUGAGCCAACAGUUCUCCCUGCCGUCCUUCAAGAUUGAUUUCUCAGAGUGGAAGGACGAUGAGUUAAACUUCGAUCUGGACCGGGGUGUGUUUCCAGUGGUGAUCCAAGCUGUGGUGGAUGAAGGGGAUGUCAUGGAAGUUACCGGUCAUGCCCAUGUACUCUUAGCUGCCUUUGAAAAGCAUGUUGAUGGCAGCUUCUCUGUGAAACCUUUAAAACAAAAGCAGAUUGUGGAUCGGGUCAGCUACCUUCUCCAGGAGAUCUACGGCAUCGAAAACAAAAACAACCAGGAAACCAAGCCCUCCGACGACGAGAACAGCGACAACAGCAACGAGUGCGUCGUGUGUCUGUCGGAUCUGCGCGACACGCUGAUCCUGCCCUGCAGACACCUGUGCCUGUGUAAUUCGUGUGCGGAUACCCUGCGCUACCAAGCCAACAACUGCCCCAUUUGCAGGCUGCCAUUCCGAGCCCUCCUACAGAUUCGGGCGGUGAGGAAGAAGCCAGGAGCCCUCUCCCCUGUCUCCUUCAGUCCCGUCUUGGCACAGAGCAUGGAUCACGACGAACACUCUUGUCCCUUUAAAAAAUCAAAGUCGAACCCUGUCUCAUUGGCCAGCAAGAAACCUAAAAGGGAAACAAGCUCUGACAACAUCCCUCCCGGAUACGAGCCCAUCUCUUUGCUCGAAGCUCUGAACGGCCUCCGCUCCAUCUCUCCGGCCAUCCCUUCCGCUCCCCUCUAUGAAGAAAUCACCUACUCGGGCGUCUCGGAGGGGCUGUCUCAAGCCGGGCGGCCUCUUGCUGGGAUGGACAGAGCCGUGGAGAAUGGCCAUCAGAAGAGCAAGCCGAGCAAGUCUCCUGAUAGCACACUACGGUCUCCAUCAUCUCCCAUCCACGAGGAGGACGAGGAGAAACUAUCUGAAGACUCAGAUUCACCUCCCCCACUGAGUGGUACUGAGCUCACCUUUCGGGAGAGCAGCUCACCCGAGAGCAUCGUUACUGAGGAAAUCGAAGAGGUCACUCCUCUGAAGCAAGAAAGCCAACCCCCAUCUCUAGAGGACGUCCUGCAAGACAGCAGCAGUGACCCCAGGAGCCUUCCCAAACCUGCCGGUGACCCUCCCGCCGAUGUUUACCUACCAGGAAGUUCAGCCUCCAUGGAGACCUUCCGGAGCUACGGCAGGAGCGGGUCUCCUCUUCCUCCACUGAGCGCCCCCGGCCUCGGGUUGGAGGAGGCCGAGCUGACCCCUCUCUGAGGUGCUGGUUUGGAGCCCCCAGCCCACCCGCCUGGACCCCAAACUACACUCACACCUCCCUCUCUCUACGCAUCACGGCGGAAGCAGCGGGCUCGGAAGGGCCCCGGACCCCGAUCAAAAGAGCACAGCUAACAUACUCCUCUGAACCGUCCCGUUCCUCCCCCACCCAAAUCCCCUUUUGUACUUUAAACUGGUUUGUAACUGACGCGAGAUGAAGGACCGCAACUUUCCCCAUCGGGAGUUAGGGGCCUUUUUUUAGCUUCCCUUUGGCCUGGAAGGCUGGGACCAGAGAUGGCAGUUCCUUCCCCGGGAACUGAAGUAACCUCUUGGCUAUACGACCCGGAGUUUGGCCGAGGCGAUUCUUGGCGGGGGUCAGACCUGGUUCAGACCCUAAGCGGUUCUGUACUCUUCCCUCCCAGAACCAAAUUUAAAUUAGUGGAAGGGAAUUCCGUGGGUGGGAUGGGAAGGGGGCGUUUUUCCUCACAGGGAUAUUUAGAGCGAAAGAGCGGAGGUCAAGGCAAACUUUAUGAAGGAAAUAACACUGCGUUCUGUAGUAUCACGUGGCAGCCGAAGGCAGCCUUUUGCUGUCCUGCCCGGUAGCCUGUCAGUUGCUUGUUGUAGAUGUGCGCGGCUGCAGCAGUGGCAUUGUCAAGCUCCUCUUCCACCCAUGGCAUGAGGUAACUGGGUUUCGUUGGGGGCCUUCUCUCUUCCUUUUCACCCAGAGGCCUCUGCCUCCGCAGGCACUGGCUUUUUGGGAACGGCAUGCAGAGACCGACUGGAGACCCUUGCUCUGGAAGUCAGAGCAUCUUAGCUUCUUCCUGUGGGACUCCAAACCACCAGUGGCACCAAUCAGCCCAGCAGGCUGUGGGGCUGAGGGCGGGAGAGGGGUGCCCACCCCUCUGGCAGGCAGUGCGGGUGGAAGGGAUCCAACUGCUUCUGCUCACAAGGACUGGGAAUCUCCAUCUCGUCCUCCUGCUCCUCCCCCCCAACGCCCUCAGCAGUUUCCAGCCGGCUUUCCCCAGAGCCUUCGGUCUUGGCAAGCUUCUCGGGCCUGGGAUCCAAAGCACAGAAUGCGAGCCUUUGGCUUUUUAACUCUUUAGUGCCCCUCUUUCCUGGGUAGGUUCUUCCCCGAACCCUGGACUUUGCUGGAAUCUCCACGGGGUGAAAACUCCGAGUGCCCCCUGACUUCCUUGAGGCCUUAAGUCUGGCUCAGGGUCUGGGAUUGAUGGUUUUUCGGGGGGCAAGGGAGCCUGGUGAACUACCCGGUCCUUAGCCGGAGUCCAAUCUGCUUCUCAGAUUUUAACUAUCCCUUGUCGUCGAUGUCGUAGGGAUCUCCAGAAACUCAACUACAGUGGGGAUGGCUUGGUGUUCGGACCAGUCGGGAUAGGCCCGACAGUCCAUCAGUCAGUGGUAUUUAUUGAAAGCUUCUUAUGUGCGGAGCACUCUACUAAGUGCCUGGGAGAGGACCGGAGAGUUAGUGGGCACCAUUCCUGCUUUUGGAGAGCCUGUGAAGUGGCCCUUUGAUAGUCCUCAGCAGUGGAGGCGGGAGCAGUGUGGGGAGAGUAAGAUUGAUUGACGUUUAGGGCCCCAGUGGGAAUUCAGUGAAGACUUUGAGAGAGAAGGGUGGCUCCUAGGGUUGUAGGAGUCAAAUGGGACAUUGGUUGGAGGCUUAGGUCAGGCACGGGGGAGCCGUUAGGAUGGGUUUGUCUUCCUGUGGUGGAUUGAAAACCUCUCCCCAGGCUGGGUUUUGGCCUGUGUUGGGCGGCCUCACAGAUAAGUCGCUGAGAGACAGUCCCCUAAUCCAACCCCAUUCUUGGCUCCGAACUGUCAUCGACUUGCCAUUCCGGAACUCCUUGUCAAAAGUCAGCCCCGUGCUGUUGAGGGGAGUCACUUAUGAACAUCCGGAGCCCAGUCUCCUCAACCUGGGCCAAGAGCUCCAUCCCCGGAAAUGUCGCUCCUUCCAGCAAGUUCCCUCCCACUCCCACGCAGGCCCUGCGGAGACCAGCAAGUCGUCAGAAAACACCGGCCUCUCGGCGGCAUCAUCUUCCCGCUGGCUUCACAGUCGGGGGAGCUGAGGCCUCUGAGUGGCCCCCAGCCAGCCUCCCAACCCGUGUAGAGACAGACGCCGGGCGUCCAAAGGAGGGGGAGGCUUUCCCGCUCCUCCCAUUGAUCCCAUCGGGUACCGAGCCAGGCCCUUCUUGGGUCCUGUGGGUUCCACCUCGGUGGGCAUUUAGGUGGGCGCUUCGGACUCUGGGCGGGGAGAACCUUCUGGUUUUUGCAAGUGGCCCUGUGGGGCCUCAAAAUCACUGUGCUUGUGUAUGUGUUGUUAAAUGAGCAGCCCCCUCUCAUUUUUCUCAGUCCCCAUUGACGCAUGUAGUUCGGUCUGACGACCUUGCAGUGUGUGUGCCUUGUAUUAGCACUGUGGAAUGGUCUGGGAAGGAGUUGGAGAUAAAAAAAAAAAAAACACUAACGGGUUUUCAUUUUCUAUAAUUGCUGUUGGAAUUGGGCCCCAGAGCGGGCCUUUUCUCUAGCCCUGGAGUCCCGCUGCUGUGUUCACCUGCCCUUCUGCCCAAAUCCCUGCUCCUCCCCGACUCCUUCCCCCGCUUUCUCUUUCCUGUUUCUGCUGCACGCUUCCUUCCUUCCCCGUCACUUCACCCCGCUGGGCGCCUUUUUCCUCAUCGAUAUCCCUGCCGGUCCUUCGUUGAAAAGAUGGGGGUGCUAGUGUUCUCAUCUCAAAAAUGUGCUAUUAUUUGAUGUAGUUUUUUUGUUUGUUUCUAUAUUUAUAGUAAUAAAUUCAUUCAGCAAUA